AUGCCGUGGCUGCCUUGGUCCCCCCUCGGAUGCGUGGCGGCAUUCUUCGCCGUCCUAGACGUAUGCCAGGCGCACAAUCCAAAGGACAACCCCGAGUACUACGUUUUCCGUGGAGAUGGCAGAGAUCCAGACGAAAUCCGGGAGGCAGGGGGAUUUGUCCCUGACCCGGAGGCGGCGAUAUACACCAACCCUACCACGUUCAGCCUCGACAAUCAUGUUAAUGGAAGAACGGGUUCGUCGGCUUACGUGUCGACAUCAGCAGAGUUUGGACAGGCGGCAAGAAAUUUUGCCGGGCCGGGAAACUACGUUUACCGAAUCCACGUCACCCCCAACAUGAUCGACGUAAAUGCGGCUCUUGCUGGUGGCCAUCCAUACCCAAGACAGGAGGAGGCUAGCGCCUUGGGUGGCAUUCCAUGGACUGCAGUCGAGGGCUGGCUCCAACUUGGCGAGGACCGUGAAUUUCCAGAAGACUACGAAUUUUUGAACGAUGACUCCGCGGCCAGGCUUACAGGCAGAUACGUGGCCGAGUUUGCCGAUCAGUUUGAGCCUAACCGGGCAUAUGACGACCGCGGACUCGGAGGGCCUGCUAGGCUAACUGGAACCAAUCCUCAAGUCGCUUUGUUGGCAGCUCAGCUCCCAGAUGAAGCGCGACUAAUAAAUGCGGCGACUACCUUUAUGAACAACUAUGCCUUGGCUAUCGGGUGGACGGAGAACCAGGCGUUCCCCUAUACUCCCCCAACGCCACCACUGAGCACUGAACCGGUAGCUUUACCGGAGGCUGACGUUGUGAGUAUUCCAGAGGCUGAAAGGGAGGACUUGGCAGAGGGCCGAUUCGAUAACCUCCAAUGCCCGGCACUCGCUGUCGCAUUGGGAGUCACACUUCUCCAACCCAAGGGGCCCAACUCGAAGAGAUACGUGCUGAAAUCUCGAGAUGACAAGAAGGAACAAUGUGAACAGCUCCGAGAUAUUGUUAGUCGGCUAACGUCCAGGAAAAAGCAAACAAAGCCAGCAGGCAAGAAAACCACUGUUGAUCUUUGCGGAAAUGGUCCUCUCAACCCUCCUUGUACUACGGUUGAAGCCUUUGACGACAAGUGCGUCGCCAUACCGCAGGGCUACCAGAACACACUAUCUGGCGUAAAGGCACAUGAGGCUACUAGUAUCUGCCGCUUUUAUCUAGAGCCCGACUGCAAGGGUAGGUACUUCGAAGCUGAUGGCCAAGUUGUCGACCUCUCCACGGCGCGUCCCGACUUUAAUGAUAAGGUUGCUUCCCUUAUCUGCGACACGCCAAAACCACACCCGGCACUUAAGCGCUGGCAAUGGUCGUCAAGGAGCCAUUACAGAUACUGCACUCGUUUGGACAAGGUGUCUCUUGACUUUAAGCUGGCCAAUAACGAUGGAUCCGGGACGUACGACAAGAUCAAGCUGGCUAUUGAUGACGCCGGACAAAAGGUGCACGUCAUCACCGAAGGUCCCUCGCCUGGUUAUAAGGUCUCGCAGGACUUUAAUCUGAGGGACAUGUUUGGCAUGGAUACCGUCGCUCUGAGCCAAAUUAAAAGACUCCGCCUUCUGGAUGAGCUGACGGACAGGACGUUUGGAGGAGACGCGUGGGAGCUCCUUGGACUCAAGCUCAAGGCACGGUGCGCCGGCUCGGGAAUCAACAUCGCAAUGGAGAAAUUCUCCAACCUUAACAAGGGAUUGCAGGCCAAGCCUACUGAGCCAGGACGGUUCCAGUACAACAGGGACUGGGAGGUCUGGGCCGACGAUAUCAAACCCCAAGACUGGGUUGCCAAGCCCCUAUGCAGCCACUUUCAACGCAUGAGCGUCAAUCUGCACGUCGCUGAUGCAAACUGGGCGGGAACUAACAACGACAUCUACGCCAAGGUGGGCGAGGGGAGCUUUUUGAUCGCUCGCCAUCCUUCUCGCAGGGAAGUUUUCACCACCGACAUCGACGUCGACAAGGCCUACAAGACGAAGCACGUUCCCGUCACGAAUGUUGCGUCUGUUGGGAUUGAGAGCAAGGGUGGCAAUGACGCGGCGUUGCCUGAAAUGGUGACGGUGUACGGAGUCUGCUCUACCACGUCUACAGUGCUCUCUGUUAAGCAGGAAAUCACCGACUGGCUCUAUGACGGUCAGACUAUGACUAUUAAGCUACCUCCUGAGAACUGGGUCAGGGCUUAG